AUGGAUGCGGAGAGCGAUAGUUCGUCUUCGGACAUUCUAGAUCAGCGAAAUGAGGAAGGAUGGGAGGAUAUCGAGGACGACACAGAGGCCAUCACGUUUGUCUCACUCUUCGAUGACAAAACCUUCGGGUCGGCCAAGGAAAUGCUCUCCUCCUGCAAGGAUAAUCACGGAUUUGACAUCUGGAAGGUGCGGUCCGAGUUCGGUUUGGACUUCAUGGAUCUGAUCAAACUCGUCAAUUACAUUAGGUCUGAGGUCAAAGCCGGUAGCCGUCGGCCAGAUCUGAGCAGUGCCUCAAAAUUCCAGGACGAUAAAUACCUGCAGCCUGUCUUGGAAGACGAUGCGUUGCUCUACAGCCUUGACGACGUCUUCGAGGAUGGAGCCGGAAACGGCGCACAGAAUGAGGUCGAAGAGCUUCGACAGCAGCUGGCUCAAUUGAGCAGCCAGUUCCAAAGCUACCGUGAGGAGGUGCAGCGCUCUCUCUUAUCAGACCUCGAAUCAGCUGAAUUAUCCAAGCCAACGGGAUCCCAGACCAACGGCAACAUGAGUCAGGUGGACGCCGGCUAUUUUGACUCGUACUCUUACAACACCAUUCACGAGCUCAUGAUCAAGGACACCAUUCGCACCGAUGCCUACCGAGACUUCAUUUACGACAACAAGCACAUCUUCACCGGAAAGACUGUACUUGAUGUGGGCUGCGGCACCGGUAUUCUGUCCAUGUUCUGCGCUCGCGCCGGUGCUGCCCGAGUUGUAGCCGUUGAUAACUCCGACAUCAUCAACAAGGCGCGAGAGAACGUCUUCAAGAACAAGCUGGACGAUCGCAUCACCUGCGUUCGAGGGAAGAUCGAAGAGGUAAUUCUACCGGUCACCAAAGUCGACAUCAUUGUGUCGGAAUGGAUGGGCUACUGCCUGCUUUAUGAGUCCAUGCUGGACUCUGUCAUCUACGCUCGAGACAAAUACCUUGCGCCUGGCGGAUUGAUGGUACCCUCUCAUGCCGUCAUCAAAGUUGCGCCCUUGGGCGACUCGGACUUGCGGACCUCUCAUAUCGACUUCUGGCGUGAUGUCUACGGCUUUGACAUGACAGCGAUGAUAGAGAAGGCACAUGAGGAAGUCCUCAUCCGAACAAUGGAGUCGAAGGAGCUAGCGGGUGAGGCGGCUACCAUUCUUGAGCUGAAUCUGCACACUGCAAGUGUAGCGGAUCUCUCGUUCACGAAACCCUUCACAACGACCUGGAAGGAUGAUCAUGACACUCUGGAGGGCUUUAUCAUCUGGUUCGACACGCCCUUCGCCCCCGACUCAACAAGCAAGGCCAUUGACAACAGGUGGCUGAAUCUGUCAACCAGCCCGGCUGGCACACCGACCCAUUGGCAGCAGGGUGUGCUUCUAAUCGAACACCCGAAGGACAAGUUCACAGCCGGCGAUGCCUUGGAGGGCACAGUAUCGUAUAGGAAAAGAGAAGAGUCUCGCGGCUUGGACAUCGAGGUCAAGUGGGGCGGGAAAUCCUCACAGACGUGGAAGCUCGAGUGA